AUGACGAGUGGCAUGGUGGAGACACUAAAAGAGGGCGUGGGGCAGUGCAAGGAGGCGGACAAUGCUGCGAGGUCACGGCAGGUUCCAAUGUCUCCCUCCGAUUUUCUGGACAAACUGAUGGGUAGGACAUCUGGAUAUGAUGCCAGGAUAAGACCGAACUUUAAAGGUAUCUACCUUUCUAUACAUUGCAACAUGUAUAACUUGUCAGGCAUAGUUUUAGAGACUACAAGUGACUACCGUGUGAAUAUCUUCCUCCGUCAGCAGUGGAGUGAUCCCAGGCUCGCCUAUGCUGAAUACCCAGAUGACUCUCUGGACCUGGACCCCUCUAUGUUAGACUCCAUAUGGAAACCAGAUCUGUUCUUCGCAAAUGAGAAGGGGGCCCACUUUCACGAAGUCACUACAGACAACAAACUGCUCAGGAUAUUUAAGAAUGGGAAUGUUUUGUACUCUAUAAGACUAACAUUAACUCUGUCAUGUCCUAUGGAUCUAAAAAACUUCCCAAUGGAUGUUCAGACCUGUAUCAUGCAGCUGGAGAGCUUUGGGUACACCAUGAACGACCUGAUCUUUGAGUGGCAGGAGAACGGACCAGUCCAAGUGGCCGAAGGGCUCACGCUCCCACAGUUCAUCCUCAAAGAUGAGUCAGACCUCAGAUACUGCACUAAGCACUACAACACAGGUAAAUUUACUUGUAUUGAGGUGCGGUUCCACCUGGAGCGUCAGAUGGGCUACUACCUGAUCCAGAUGUACAUCCCCUCUCUGCUCAUUGUCAUUCUGUCCUGGGUCUCUUUCUGGAUCAACAUGGACGCUGCCCCAGCCAGAGUGGCACUGGGCAUCACCACUGUCCUCACCAUGACAACGCAGAGCUCUGGCUCCAGGACUUCACUGCCUAAGGAAGGGGAAGUACAUGAGAGCAGACUAACCUCCACAGCUGCUGUGACCUCCACUCCCAGCAACAGCAAGGACUCAAAGGCCAGCGCCAACAAUACUGUCACUGUACUGAACACACCAGGAGCCACAGCAAACACUACCCAGAAUCCACCUGCAACAGCAGGUGGAGGGGGUAAAAGCACCGAAGAGAUGAGGAAGUUAUUCAUCGACAGGGCCAAAAAGAUUGACACUGUGUCGAGGGCCGGCUUCCCUCUGGCCUUUCUCUUCUUCAAUAUAUUCUACUGGGUUCUUUAUAAGAUACUUCGACAUGAAGAUGUACAUAAGCAAUAGAGAAAGAAAGAGCAGAAAUGAUUCAUAUAUGUACGCACACACACAUUCUUGUACCACUGUAAUACAUGAGGACACUUCAUUGACUACCUUCAUUUCCCUGUCCCUUAACCCUGACUUUGGGAGCCAUUCAAGAUGACCUCAAUUUGUAAAAAUGUCCUGAUUCUGAAGGCUCAUAUCAGUUCUCACUAACAAUGUACAGAAACACACAAAGCUAGAUCACCUCUGCAUGGCAGCACAGAGUGGAGUGUUGCUCAUAUCUGACCAAAGCCAGUGCUUGUUUCUGUUACACAAUAAAACAGAUG